ACGUUUCUCUUUUUUCCUGUCUGUCUGGAAAGAUGGCGUCCCGCAAGGAAGGUACCGGCUCCGCCGCCGCUUCUUCCAGCUCCACCACCGGCCCGGCGGGGAAAGGCAAAAGCAAAGGCGGAUCCGGAGAUUCGGCCGUGAAACAAGUGCAGAUAGAUGGCUUGGUGGUAUUAAAAAUAAUCAAACAUUAUCAAGAAGAAGGACAAGGAACUGAAGUGGUUCAGGGAGUGCUUUUGGGCUUGGUUGUAGAAGAUCGUCUUGAAAUUACCAACUGCUUUCCUUUCCCUCAACACACAGAAGAUGAUGCUGACUUUGAUGAAGUCCAAUAUCAGAUGGAAAUGAUGCGCAGCCUUCGCCAUGUCAACAUCGAUCAUCUCCACGUGGGCUGGUAUCAGUCCACAUACUAUGGCUCGUUCGUCACCCGAGCACUCCUGGAUUCUCAGUUCAGUUACCAGCAUGCCAUUGAGGAAUCUGUCGUUCUCAUUUACGAUCCCAUAAAAACUGCCCAAGGGUCUCUCUCGCUGAAAGCAUACCGACUGACUCCUAAACUGAUGGAAGUUUGUAAAGAGAAGGAUUUUUCUCCUGAAGCAUUGAAAAAGGGAAAUAUCACCUUUGAGCACAUGUUUGAAGAAGUGCCGAUUGUAAUUAAAAAUUCACAUCUGAUCAACGUCCUAAUGUGGGAGCUUGAGAAGAAGUCAGCUGUAGCAGAUAAACAUGAAUUGCUCAGUCUUGCUAGCAGCAAUCAUUUGGGGAAGAAUCUACAGUUGCUGAUGGACAGAGUGGAUGAAAUGAGCCAAGAUAUAGUUAAAUAUAACACAUACAUGAGGAACACGAGUAAACAGCAGCAGCAGAAACAUCAGUAUCAGCAGCGUCGCCAGCAGGAGAACAUGCAACGCCAGAGUCGAGGGGAGCCCCCACUGCCUGAGGAGGAUCUGUCCAAGCUCUUCAAGCCACCCCAGCCGCCAGCCAGGAUGGAUUCUCUGCUCAUUGCAGGAGUGGAAGAUAGCCUAUUUUCAAAAGAACUUACAUUCUUCAUUAUAAGGAUAUGGACAAAUGGAAUUGAUUCUUAUAAACUCUUGAUUCAGAACAAAACAAAACAAAACUCUGAUGAUCCUGCAUUCUGAUUUUCUUGCUUGACUAGUGUUUUAGGUCAUUAUAAUUUAUGGAACAUUGUGACUCUCUUUCUCACUUUCCCAAAUGCACAGGCCAGAUUAACACUUACUGCCAGAACAUCAAGGAGUUCACUGCCCAAAAUUUAGGCAAACUCUUCAUGGCCCAGGCUCUUCAGGAAUACAACAACU